UGUAAGAGCUACAAUUUCACUCAUUUAGUAAGCAUUCAGAGUUUAUUCAGUAAACAUCAACAGACUUUAUCUCAUAUUAUUAAUAAUUUCAAGUUGAAUUACUAAAUAUAAAAUGUAUAUGAAAUAUAAUUUCAAUUUAUUUUUGAUGCAAAUAACAAUAUUAUUUAUAAUAAAUUCUGUCACAGCCAAUUUAUUGGAAAAACUUACAGACAUGACUGUAGCAGAUUCACAAAUUGUAAAUAAAGAAGAGACUUCAAAACAAGAAAUAGCAGAUGUUUUAUCAAUGGGACAAUACUUUCAAGAUAUAUUUUCUGAACAUCUUGCACCUCUUAAAAUUGAGUUUGGUCAUGUCUGUGAGAAUCCCAAUGAAUGGGAACAGAGAUUUGAACAAAAGGAUUUUGAUAACAAUCGUCAUAGUGGCAAGAUAAAAUGGGGUAACAAAAAUGGAGAUUACGGCGAGCAAUAUUGGGACUUGAAUCAUUAACUUGAAUUGCGAGAUUAAUAAAUAAACAUUGAUAAUGUGUUUAAUAAU